GAGUGUAGGCUUGCCAGAAAACAAUGGAAAUUGUCUUGAUGCCGUACACAUUAAUAGUGGUCGCGUCAGAGGCAAGCAAGUUUGUGGGACUACUAGCAGCAAUUGUUUUCCUGAUAUUAAUGAAGCUGGGGGUAGUCUCAUACAAAUUACCUUUACUAGUGGGCAAUGCUGUCAAGAUUGUGGCUAUAGAUUCUGGGUUAGGUGUGUGCCUCACACUGGAUAUUAUAAGAGGAGUGUUAGGGAGCCUGUUGAGCUUGAAGAAGAAGAGGACAUUAAAGGUGCUCAGUUACCAAUUAAGAAGACUUUUAGAUCAGUAGUUCCAUUUGGUGCAGUAAUGACUUAUACUAAUGGAACACUUACGGUCAAACUAGGAAAAUUGACGCUUCAAGAGAGAAAGACUCCCAAACUUCAAGUGAGAGAUGACAUAGCCUAUGGUCCUGGGGUACUGUUUGAGGCUAAGAGAACUGCAAAUAGAUCAUUUGUGGGCUAUGGAAUAAUGACAAUUUAUCCUGAUCGGAUUCAUUACUAUCAACAAGGCAUUCCACCUCAGGAAGAACCAAAUAGUACGGAGAAGGAAUUUAUCAAGACCGUAAUAGCUAGUAUCAAGUCAAAAGUGAAGAGUUUCAUAGUUGUCAACACGUCACUUGAGACAGGACAUCGUGGUCCAAAUGGGCCUGGUGCUUCUUCUUGUCAGUGUUCACAUUACCGACCACCACCUGGCGUAGCACCGCCUCCAGGGCCGAACAAAACUCCAGGAGGAUCCCACUUUCUUAAGGAUGCUAGGUACUAUGCCAAAUACAGCAAUAAACCAAUUGUCAAGUAUUGGGCUAAACUUUACUUGAAAUAUUACGACAACAAACCUGCUACACUUGGACCGCCCACUCAAGCACCUACUACAGCAUCAACAGCUCCUCCCACUAGGGGACCUCCAUCAAUAGCUCCACCAACUGAGAGACCUCCGGCUUCUCGAGGACCCAUCAAACCCGGGAAUCCUACAAUAGGACCUCCUACGUUAACCUCUACCCACUGAUAAGAACCUCAGCUCAAUGUAACUUACAACUUUGCUGUUUAAAAUUUAAAAUCAAGAAAUAAUUGUUUAAAUUUUAA